AGUGAAUUUCAUUUUGUCAUAAUUUUUUUACCGAUAGAUAUUUGGCUUCGUCAUGUGGAAAUCACUUUUGAAGAGUUUCAACGUUAGUGUUGUUAGUCGUGUUCAAUCCAUGAAGGUGUAAACUUCUCUUCCUCAUCACCUUACUUAGAGACUUUCGUGAGAUGAUCUCGAGAUCAGUGUUUGCUCUCUUUUGUGCUAUUUGUAUGGUCAGUGGACGAACUUCAGAUGAACUGAAAGUAAAAUUGAGCCAUGAAGGUGUUGUUGUGGGACGUCAUUUGGUAUCCCACGAUGGAAAUGGAAUUCGGGCUUUUAUGGGGAUUCCAUAUGCUGAACCACCUCUAGGAAACCUCAGAUUUCGCGCUCCAGUACCUAAAACAGGAUGGUCAGGAGAACGUCAGGUAGUGACAGAUUCACCUCUGUGCACUCAAAGAGAUCCUUAUAGACGAGAUAUGGAAAUGUCUGGAAGCGAAGAUUGUCUCUAUCUCAAUGUCUAUACUCCUGAAGGACCUCAGAAUGAAGUCCUUCCCGUGAUGGUGUUCUUCCACGGUGGUGGAUGGCAAUGUGGCAGUGGCGUGAGUUACUUCUAUGGACCAGACUUCCUCAUGGACCACAAAGUCAUCUAUGUCGCAGCCAAUUUUCGUCUAGGUCCUUUGGGAUUCCUCAGUACAGGAAAUCUUGAGUGUCCAGGAAAUUUUGGUCUGAAGGAUCAGGUUCUGGUGCUUCGCUGGAUCCGCGAAAAUAUCGCAGCUUUUGGCGGGAAUCGGGAUUCAGUAACAGUGUUCGGAGAGAGCGCUGGUGGAGCUUCUGGGACGUAUAUGAUGAUGUCUCCACAGACUAAAGGUCUCUUCCACCGUGUUAUCAGUCAAUCAGGCACAAAUCUCUGUGCUUGGGCUCAGCCAGCUCACAAAGAUGUGGCUGAGGAGAGGGCAUACCGUCUCGGGAAAAUGUUAGGAUGCACUGAUACUAAUGGUCUGAUUGAGUGCCUUAGGAAAAAAUCUGCAGAGGAAAUCACUGCCAAGUUCUAUGAAUUCUUUGAAUGGGAUACAGAUCCAAUGAUUCCCUUUGUUCCUGUCGUCGAACCUGACCAUCCAGAGGCUUUUAUUACAAAACAUCCCCGAGAGGAGUUCGAUCCACAUGGACUCUCCUUGCCAUGGCUCUCAGGGGUAACCAUGGAUGAAGGGGCAUUGAAAACUGCAUCUCUUAUCAAUCUUCCAGAACUCACAGAGAGUCUCAAUGCAAAUUGGGAACGAGCUCUUCCCAUUUCCCUCAAUUAUGACCAUCAUUCCGUGGAUCGUCAGAAAGAAAUUACUGCUGCAAUCAGCGAGUUUUAUUUCGCCAACAGGAAGCUUAUUCCUGAAACUAAUCAGAAUCUCACAAAUCUAUAUUCUGACGCAUGGUUUGUGGCAGGAUUCGAUGAAUACCUCCGGAUCAGACUGACAAAGAGCAAAGGAAAGCGUGUUGGACCUACUUUUGUCUAUCUGUUUGCUCACAAAGGAUCAGCGAGUUUCACAGAGAUUUUCAAGGGAGGCAGGGAGAAUUAUUAUGGAGUUUGCCAUGCUGAAGAACUCCAGUAUCUUUUUCCCAUCGGGAAAGAACUCUUUAUAAGUGCCAUUCCUACAGAGAAUGACAUCAAAAUGAGGAAGCUUAUGACCAGCCUUUGGGUGAACUUUGCUAGAACUGGCAAUCCAACACCCAAGGAUAGUGGCUUGCCUUUUGAGUGGAAAGAAACUAAAGGGUAUCCUAUUGAUUAUCUUCGAAUUGGCCGAAUGGAUGAUGAAGAUAAGCCACUAGCAACAAUGGAACGGGGUCUGUUUGAGGAAAGAAUUAAUUUCUGGCGCAAACUGGCUGCUCACCAUGCUGCUGAUUAUGACAAUUCAAUUAGAGACGAAUUGUAGGAAAUAAAGAUAGUUGUGUAAUAAA